AUGCUUCGCUAUCCACACUUUUGUAGAACCUAUAAAGAAUUUCUUUCAUGUUGGUUGGAAGCUGGCAUAUUUAAUUUAGGUGUCUGCCCAAAACGGAUACAUGCUACAUCAGAACAAUGUGAUGAAUUUGAAGCCCGGGAGCAAACAAAUCAAGUUGGAUCUCAUGAGUUACACAGAUCUCAAGACAGAGAUUCUGAAGCUAUGAGUAAACUACAUAUCCCAGUAAUGGUGGAUGAAGUUGUUCGUUGUUUGGCACCACAAAAAGGGCAGAUUUUUCUAGAUAUGACAUUUGGUUCAGGAGGACACACAAGAGCCAUUCUGCAGAAAGAGCCAGAUAUUACUCUGUAUGCUUUAGACAGAGACCCGACAGCUUAUGCAAUAGCUGAGCAACUUUCAGAAUUGUAUCCUAAACAGAUCCGAGCUAUGCUAGGCCAGUUCAGCCAGGCCGAAGGCUUAUUAAUGAAAGCUGGAGUGCAGCCAGGGACAUUGGAUGGAGUUCUUUUCGAUCUUGGAUGUUCCUCCAUGCAAUUUGAUGCUCCUGAAAGAGGUUUUUCCCUUCGGAACGAUGGCCCUUUGGACAUGAGAAUGGAUGGUGACAGGUACCCUGACAUGCCCACCGCAGCUGAUGUUGUAAACGCUUUAGAUCAACAGGCACUUGCAUCCAUCCUGAGAACAUACGGGGAGGAGAGGCAUGCUAAGAAAAUCGCUUCAGCGAUCGUUCAGGCACGCAGCAUCUACCCCAUCACCAGAACCCAGCAGCUUGCCAGCAUCGUCGCAGGUGCAUUUCCUCCUGCUGCUAUUUAUGCACGAAAAGACUUGCUACAACGAUCUACCCAUAUUGCUACCAAGACUUUUCAAGCUUUCCGCAUAUUUGUGAACAAUGAACUCAAUGAACUUUACGCCGGACUGAAGACAGCUCAGAAGUUUCUGAGACCUGGUGGUCGUCUUGUUGCACUCUCCUUCCAUUCCCUAGAGGAUCGCAUUGUCAAACGAUUCUUGCUUGGGAUAAGCAUGACAGAAAGAUUUAAGCUAAGUGUAAGACAGAAGGUGGCACAAACAUCACAAUUGGCUUCAAGGAAUGAAAACAAGGAAGGAGUCUCUCUAGGAAGGGCCCCUUUAAUGUGGGAAUUGAUACAUAAGAAGGUGCUUACCCCAGAAGAUCAGGAUGUACAGGAUAACCCGAGAGGGCGCUCAGCCAAGCUUAGAGCAGCUAUCAAAUUAUGA